AUGAAUGGCCAAGGCGGUGGUCAACCCUCGGGGGCGGCGGCCUUGUUUGGCGUUUCCUGGGACCCGAACGUGUCGCAUAGUGCAAACCACGAUGUAAAUGGGGGAGGACUCCCGGCACAGAACCAUUCAUCAUCAUCAUCGCCCUGGAAAUAUGGCCCCUGGACCAGCUCUUCGUCCUCUUCACAUGCAAAUCAACAGGGCAGCCAGGUUUCGCACUCGAUUCCGCCCGGCCAAGCUCCAUCUACUGCGUUCGGUUCAUUCAAUAUGCCGUUAUGGAAACUGGUAAACAACCAGCCCAAUCUCCCGGCAAUACCACCGGCUAUGCCGCACUUGAACCCCAGCCUCUUUCCGCCAAUGAUGGGGAACACACCCAGUCCGUUCUCCAUGCUACCUAUGAACCCAAUGUUCCCAUUUCCACCCAUUCAUCACAUGAGCACAAUGGCCGGUGUCUCAGCACCUCCGCUCAAUGCGCAGGACACCAGAACACGCAGGAUGAAGUCGCGCUCCCCUGAUCCGCUGGUCAUUCCAAGCCCCACAGAGGCAUAUAUGCAGCAGGCAUUACAGACGCCGCAGCCAUGCACAUUCCCGCGUCCUCUAUUGGUGAUUCUGGAUUUAAAUGGCACACUCAUCUACCGCAAACAACGCAAGUUCCCGCCAAAGUUUGCGCGGCGAACACAUCUGGACUGGUUUUUGGAUGUCUUGACCAACAAAUACGCGGUCAUGAUCUGGUCCAGCUCCAAGCCGGAGACCGUGAACGCCGUCUGCCAGGAACUGUUUCCCGCCGAAAGGCAGAAGAGUGUGGUAGCGCUCUGGGGCAGAGACAAGUUCGGGCUGAGCCACGCCCAGUACAAUAACAAGAUCCAGGUGUACAAGGAGCUGCACAAGGUGUGGGCGAACACCAACAUCCAAGCUACCUACCCGGGAAACGAGCACCUGAAAACCUCACCUGCGAAGGGGUCAGGCGGCAAGUUUCGGGCCCACAAUAAGAAACGCCAGCAGACAAACUCGCUUUCGCCAGGCCAGCGAUGGGAUCAGACCAACACGAUCCUGAUCGACGACAGCAAGCUCAAAGCACUCAGCGAGCCGUUUAAUAUUCUCGAGAUCCCGGAAUUCACCAACGACCCGGCCAUCGACGAGUCCACUCUCUUCGUUAAUAUUCUCCACCGCCUGGAUGUGCUGGCGCACCACGACGAUGUCAGCAAGCUUCUUCGAGUCUGGACGGACCGCGUCGACCAGGGCGAAGGCAGUAUUUUGGACCUGGACAUCGAAGUCAACGAGGAGAAGCUUGAUGACGAAGACGGUGGCAUCAACCUCCCUCAAAAUACCAUCAAUUCUCCCCAGGACCAAAACAUCAUCGACCUGACCCUGGACCAACCCGCCACCUCUCAACAAACAUCCCAAAUGCCAGACGAUCCUGCGGAGCGUCGAGCGGUGAGAAACCAGCGCCGCAAACUGCGCAAAAAGGAAAGGAAAACUGCGCAGUUGAUGGGCAACGUAACCACUCCGCCGAAGACGCAACAAGAAGCAGCAUCAGAGAUUGAUGCAACGAAUGAUGGCGAGCGUAACCCCGAUAAACGGAUACAAAACCAGAAAAGGAACCAAAAGAAGAAUAAAAAGGCCAAGGCCAAGGCUGAGAACGCCCAUCCGCCUCUUGUUCGUCAAUACAAUUUUCGCGCCAGACCUCUCAACCCUCCUGCCUCUGAUGCUGAGGGUGAUGUUGAGGGUGGUUUGGUCGAUUCUGGGGUCAGUAUUUCUGCCGCGGCUACUACAUUAGCACCGGAACCAGCGCCGGCCCAAGUGCAAGCACAAUCAUCUCCGGGCUUGAUUGGCACUACUACCGAUGCUAGUGCCGAUGCCGACAUCGACACCACCUACGAGACUGACUCCAGACCUCAGCCGCGCAGAUCUCCCUCGCCGGCUUCCUCGGCUGGGUCGGAGAAUGCUCUGUUAGAUCGGCUAGAGGAAGGACUUGGGUUUCGACGCUGA